GGGGAGGGCUGGGCAAAAGAUGAAAAGAUCUUGGAAGUUAAAAAAAUGACUGCGGGCUCAUUUAAAUGUCUGGGUGUUUGAAUUUUCCUUAAACACUCACCUGCUCAUCCCACAGACACAUAGAAGCUCACCUGCCAUGUCCUGACAGAACAGCUGGCUCUGCAACUCAGUUCUCCUAGCUGCACACCAGAUUUUAUUCAUGUUCUUUCAUCAAAUAAGAAGAAGUUAGAGAUGAAGCUUUUCUGAUGGUCAUGUUGUUGGGCAGCUCAACUAGAAUGGUAUUUAUAGUUUGCAGACAAUGAAAUGAUGCCACCCCCUGGUGGUGCCCUUUAUAGAUUCGGCUUUAGAAAUUAAGAAAUGCCUGAAAAAGGUAAAGAGUAUCAGUUUGGACUAUGAGAACUUGGUUGAUAUUUAUGAACAGAGUGUGGAUUUAAGAAAAUAAGGUGAAAGCGAGGGCAUUGUUCAUGGACCCCAGUUCCAAGAGAAUCCACUGAUGUCUGCCCUGCUACUGGUCUGUUUGUGGCUCGGCAUCUGCGGGCAUCAAACUGGCUUAACAACAGGACUGACAUCAUGGGCACCUUGCACAGACCUACGCCCGUUGGACAUGCUGUCAGAAAUGACAAACUCUAGCAAUGCCUUAAGUCAUUUAAGAAUGGUUCAGUCACAAGGAUCUCGUGGAUUUCAUCUCUCUACCUCACCCCAUGCACUCAGCUUUCCGUUGUCACGUCUCUUCCACAAUUGUCCACUUUUCCCAGAAGAGUUUUCCUUGGUUCUCACUGUGAAGAUUCCCAGCAUUCCACCAAAGAAAAACGAAUACCUGUUUACUGUAGUGACAGAGAGGAGCAGACAUGUACUUCUUGGAAUGAGAUAUUCAGAAAAUAAGGUCCACAUUCUGUUCUGGAGCCCUGAAGAAACGAAUGAAUGGCAGACUAAAGUCACCUUCCGAGGAAUAUUAUUGGCCGACAACCAGUGGCAUACACUGAUCCUAGCAGUGUCUGGGAUUUCUGUCUCUCUCACUGUGGACUGCAGUGUUCCUCUAGACCUAGUCCUGGAUAAACCAUUCCCUGCAUCUUUAAACACCAGCGGCUCUCUUAUAUAUGUUGGAAGCAGAAGACGUCAGAAAGGCUUUUUCACAGGAUUGUUAAGGCAGCUUGUUCUUCUACCUGGGUCUGACGCUACCUCUAGAAUUUGCCCUAAUUCAAAGCCAAGGCUUGCAGAGCUGUCCAUUCCUGAGGUGCUGAAGGAGCUGCCUAUAAAGAUUGAUGACAGUGGUGCCCAUCUGAAGUAUCCUUAUGAAACUGAUAUGAAGGUGACUUUGGGUCCUCAGCCUCCUUGCACCGAUACUGAGAUGUCUAAAUUCUGGGUGGACAUGUCUCUGAAGGGUCUAUUCCUCUGUAAUGGUGUCAAGUGGAUCCCAGUGCUUGAAAGAAAGGAGAAGCUAGACUAUGUGGAAGACUAUCAGAAUCUGGCCACUAUUUCUGAGACCAUGGGACUGGAGAUCUUUCACAUCCCAGAUGUGGGGCAUUUUGCUGUGAUGGCCAACAAAAACACUCAACCCGGUUCCGUUCUUUACAGAUGGACUGAUGGAAAGUUUGUAGUUUAUCAAUACUUUACCACCUACCAAGCACAAACCUGGAAGUAUUUUACCAUUGGCAAAAGGAUAUUCUUAGCCUUGGCCAAUUUGGAGAGAAAUGAAGAUGGGACAGAACAUUCUAUUAUAUAUAAGUGGAAUCCAGUAAAACUUAAGUUCCUGCCGUACCAGAAGAUAAGAACGUACAGUGCCCGUGACUGGGAGGCUUUCCACAUAGAUGGAGACACGUUUCUGGCUGUUGCAAACCAUAGAGAAGGCAAUAAUCACAACAUCAACAGUGUCAUUUACAAGUGGAACUCAAGUUCUGGCCUUUUUGAAGUCAACCAGACCAUUCCUACCUCAGGGGCUUAUGACUGGGAAUUCUUCAGUAUCGGUCCAUAUUACUUCCUGGUUGUAGCAAACACAUUUAACGGUACCUCAACCAACAUCCAGUCCACUAUCUAUAUUCGCCUGGGAAACUCAUUUCGGCCUUUCCAAUCCAUGAUGACAUCUGGAGCUUCAGACUGGGAGUUUUUCAGAAUACAGGAUCGCUUUUUUCUUGCAGUUGCAAACAGCCAUAGUUAUGAUAUAGGAACCCAGGGGCCAAAGAACUUUUAUGUCAUCAACUCAACCAUAUAUGAAUUAAACAUUACCGGACAGCAGUUUGAGAAGUUCCAAGACAUCCUUACCCUCAGUGCUGUGGACUGGGAGUUCUUCACACUAGGAGAAGACUAUUUUCUAGUUGUGGCAAAUUCCUUUGAUGGCAGCUCUUUUUCUGUCAAUAGUGUUAUAUACAGGUGGCAGGGAUAUGAAGGUUUCGUGGCCGCCCAUUAUCUGCCAACCUAUGGUUGUCGGGACUGGGAAGCAUUUACCACCAAUACAGGUUCCUACAUCAUGUACUCCAGUGCUAAAGAGCCAGUCUCCAAGGUGCUGAAACUGAGGACUCGCUAAAAGGACUUUUCUGAAAAACGUGAAUCUACAUUCAUUGGUGUUAGAAGUAUAAGAAAUAAUGCUGAAUUAUAAGUGUGUACAUGGGGUACACUUUUGACAGGCUACAUAUUUGGCUUUUUUCUGAGUCUGAUGUGUAUUAUAUUUGAUACACAGCAACAUAGGAUAUUGUUAUAGAAUAUAACUUUUUUAAUAACUUUUUUGAAUAACCAAAAAUGUAAACAGUAAAUACAGAUAGCACCAACUCCAAGUUCCUCCUGUGUAAUGUCAAGAUUCCACUUUCUCCAUUCAUGAGGUUGGGACAGGCCUUGCUUUAUGCCUGCUUGCUGUUUUUCCACAGGGACCAAAUCAUCCUCCCUCUAAACUUAAACCCCUAUUGUGUGUAGUGUUUUGAAGUAAGAGUUCAACAACCUGCUGGCAGAGAAACAACAGGGCAUCUGCAAGCGGGGAGAUUCUGUGUGCAGGCAGAAAAGGGCUGAACCUAGGGGAAGACAGGCAGAAUAGGUAGGUGCCCAGUGCCAUUGUGCCAUCACCCCCGAUCAUUGCAUCGUAGGCAUGUGCCUCUUCUGCCUACCUUUAUAUGAAGGUUCCUAUGAAGGAAACCUAGGCAACCCCCUGCCCCUCGGCCUACUAAAGCAGAGUUGCAGAAGGGCCAGAAUCAGGUUCAGGUAUGCAUGCAGAAUAGGCACAUGCCUAGACAUGCAGACAUAUAUAUAUAUAGUGUGUGUUUGUUCUAGAGUUCUAGUAACUGACAGCAGCCCAGAACAUGUUUUGUGAAUCAGCACAAUAGUGCACAAAUAAUGAUCAUGCUCAGUUAUCCAGAGCUUUAAUGUUACAUGCCAAAUUCAAAUCCUUCAAAAAGUGAUAUGGUUCAGCUGAAUCUGAAAUUGAAUCCUGUAUUUGCUGCAUCACUAGUGAAUAACAAGAUUUUAUUUAGCUUUGCUUGUUGCCUUAAAAAAGCAGUCCAGUAAAAGUGCCGUUCUAAAUCUAAAAAACACUAUACUGAAAAGCUUUUUUUACUGAAAAACCAAGCAAGCAACCUGCCAUUUUUAUGUCAGUUUGGCUUUUACAGAACAUUCUAGUCUGUGUAUGAAAUGUAAAUUGUUGCUCUGACUAGGAACAGUGUGGUAGUAUCCACUCAAAAUUAGAAACAAAAAUAUGCAGAUAACUAAGUAACCUCAGGCCAGUAUGCCACCCUGUUUCAGUGAGAGAGAUAAAGUGAAUGUAAAAUUAGCUUAUCAUAGAAUGCAUUUUCCUGUAAAGUUUUUAUCUACCCUUUAUCCGUCGGAACAGUUUGUUCCACAUGGUGCCGAGUUGGUGGCUUUGUUGUGCAAAUGCUUUAUCGCUGGCUUGCAGGUAAAAUAAAAUCUAGAUUCCUCAUUCAUAUCCUACUGCUUCUAAUAAAUGUAAACAGUGAAUGCAAGAUUUGGGUAAAAACUGUGAAAGGAGCAGCAGUGUAUUAGAGUUCCAUUGUCUUCAUUUAUAGGAGGAACAAGAGAAAUCUAAUAGAAACAUACAGUCCUAAUGGCAUUUUCUGCAAUUUGUUUCCAAAGAAACUAUGGCUAUUUCGAUCUAUCUAGAUGUAUUUUUAGCAUUAGCUUCCUGAAAAGCAUGCUAAUGAUAUGCCGGCAAUUUCAUGCAUUUUCAUACAAUGAAACUUUGCACCAAAUAUCAGUUUGUGCUUCAUUAUAGCAGGGCUGUCUAACUGGAGGCACUCCAAAAUAUAAUUUUGGCCCCAAACCUGCCUGUGGGCAUCACAGACUUCUUUUAACAAGAAUUUUAGUAGCAUCAGACAUUGUGUAUAUUGAUCAGUGGUCCUCUAUUUGAGUACAUUUGGAUGGCAGAUACCCUUGGGUCACCCAGGUGCUAUCAGUUUAACUAAAUGUAAUCAUUUUACAUAUGAACUUUGAUUUGGUCAGAUUGAUUUGGUUAUCUAUACCCUAAGUAGUUAGCCUUUUAUGUAAAACCCUAAUAUCCCUUUGGAUCCACACCUGCUCACGUUUAUGGGGUCAUUUAUGACAGACCAGUCCAAGAAGUAGAACGCAGCAUUGGAACACGCAAGUUAUGGGAUGGCUAUAUGGUGGGAAGGGGCUAUCUCCCCUCCCCCACCUGCCCGUUUUUCCAAACGAAGGCAGCAUUCAAAAUAAAGGACAAAGGCUGGUGGUAAUUUAUCAUUCAAGGAAAGCAGUAUGACCAUGUGUUAUGGUUAUUGUAGGAAAUAUAAUUCUAUGACCAACAGAUUUUACUCAGUAACGUAACUACCCUCUUCCGGGCCCAAGUGCAGGAUGUGCACCUAGCACCCUUCAGACGCAGCGGGCCCUGAGGGGCAGUGAGCCCUGGUGCGAUCACACCCUCUGCUCCCCCGGUAGUUACACCACUGAUUUUACUUACAUAACGAUUUAAAGACACCUUGGUUAUAAGUA